AUGGUGACUUCCCUUACCACGACCUCCACUUCGUCUGUACCAAAGAAGUCUCCGUCUCCUGGAUCAUCAAGCCAAAAGAAGAUUGUGAUCAAGGUCAAGAGCCAACAGGACGGAGGAGAGGAUCUGUACAAGUUUGGUGAGAAUGUACCUCUGAAGAAACUAAUGAAUGCUUACUGCGUGAAGAAAAAAUUAGAUCUCAGUACUGUCAGAUUCAUCUUUAAGAAAAGAGGACUCAAACCACAAAAUACUCCUGCUCAGCUAAAGAUGGAAGAUAACGAUAUCAUUGAUGUAGUCACAGAACAAGACGGUGGCGGUCCUUACACCGCUUGA